CCUGAUAUGAUAUAUACAUUACGUUCAUGUCAUUUUUAGUUACUACUGUAGUGUGUGACACCGUAGAGCUGAGCGUUUUGUAGCCUAAGAGAAUCAAGCUCAGAAUGUUGACGCAGAGAAUUGUAGGCGUAUGCGCUUUAUUGGCUGUGUAUAACUGCAAAGUUAAUGAAACAACAGAGAGUGAACGCGAUGAACGGAUUACAAUCGACAAACCGGUUAUUGACCCUCUGAACGGAAACGCAUUGGACAUGAUAAACGUAACGGAUCGCAGAGCUACCGAGAGGGCAAUCAAAGAACUUCUUGAAGACAGAAAAGAAACCAGUGCAAACCCAGCGAUAGAUACGGCUUUGAAAUAUGUUGAUGACUAUGAAGCUACUAACUCAAAAGCCAUAGUAUAUCCAUAUUGUCUUGAUAAAAGCGAGGGUCGUGCGAUAUCUGCCUACACUGCUCCUUUACCCGAGUGCCAGAAACAGUUCAAUGCUGCCACACGUAGUCGUAUACUCGCACUCGAGAGUAGCAAUGUCACUGAUAUAAAAAACAAUCCAAUGGAGGGAUGGAAAGAGUUCUUUAAGCAAAUAAAACAAGGUACGGGUAAACUGAAAACGAAAACUUGCAUAGAUGUUUACCGAGGAGUUGAGGGGUCUCACUCACAGCUUAAGAAUGGUGACUUAAUCAAUUUCCGACAGUUCGCAUCCACAUCUAAGAACGAAAAUCACGCUUAUCUGUCUGCAAAACCAACUUUGUAUGAAAUCAACACUUGCUUUGGGGCAGAUAUUGAAAGACUAUCCGUAGAGCCGAAUGAAAAGGAGGUGCUGAUUCCCCCGACUGAAUUUUUUGAGAUAAUAUCCUUAACAACAAGAACAAUUCACGACAUGAACGGACGAGAUAAACGUAUAAGCGUCUACAAAAUGCGUUCGAAGGGAGCAGCAGCAUUGCUAAGUAAGACCAAUAGCAGUGUUGAUGAUUUGUGCAAUGUCCCCACUCCUCGUCCUACUCCAAGCAGCAGUGUUCAUGUUUUAGUUAAUAUUGAAUUGUCAACAUUCAUCAUUUUCGUAAUCCUGUUCAGUUUGUUAAAGUAAGGAUUUCAUAUAAUGUACAGCCUACAUUUCAAGAAGUUAAAAGAAUAAGGACGAUUUAGAUUUAUUCAUAUUCACUCAAGAAUUUAAGUCCAUGACUCAAUGAAUCGUAGGAUGAUUUAACAAAGUGUUUGAAGUUUCCAGACUUUGAAUGAGUGCAGAUGAAUUUUUUUGCAAGGAUUUUCUUCUUGGGUUACGAGGUGAAAUGGUAAAAACGAGGUCAGCACCGACUACUUGACAUUUGACCUGCAUAAGCACAUGCCUUGUUAUACCCAGAGGUUAUUAUAUGUCUCUGUUAUACCCUAUGAUACUUAUAGCUUUUUUAAUCAAAUGGCAACUUGAAAUCAUGAUAUUGGUAUAAUCAAGUUCACUAGGGCUGUAUUUUUGAAUGCCCGCGGUGCUAGGGAAUAAGCCCUGCAGUGCAAAUUACAUGGUCCUGUGUUUUCA